AUGGCACCAUCACUCAAUGGGAAGAGGUAUGCUACAGAGCUCAAAGAUUACUCAUUUCGCCGCCGAGAAACAACAGGCCCAUACGCCGAUGAUCUCGACAUCGAUGCACUGAUAGUCGGGGCCGGCUUUAGUGGCAUCUUCAUGCUCAAGACUCUCCGCGACCAAGGGUUCCGCGUGGUCGUCUACGAAGCAGGCACCUCCAUUGGCGGAACAUGGCAUUGGAACAAUUACCCUGGUGCCCGAACAGACUCGCAAGUAAUCGAAUACGAGUUCUCAUGGCCUGAAGUAUGGAAAGAUUGGACAUGGACCACAAAUUACCCGGAUAUUGGGGAAUUGCGUGCUUACUUUGACCACGUCGACAAAGUUGUGAAUGUCAGGAAGGACUGCUCGUUCGGGACAGUAGUCACAGGAUCGGAGUUUGAUGUGGAGGAGGGAAAGUGGCAUGUUGAAACUGCUGAUGGGCGGACAGCCAAGUGUAAAUACUUGGUCAUCGCAGCGGGAUUUUCCUCAAAACGAUACUUCCCUGACUGGCCUGGCGUCGAAAGCUUCAAGGGUAUAAUUCAACACUCCUCGUUCUGGCAAGAUCAAAUAACAGUAAGCGACAAACGCUGUGCAGUCAUUGGCACAGGGGCAUCAGGCGUCCAGAUAGCCCAAGAGUGGGCUCCAGAUGCCCGCUCGCUAACAGUGUUCCAACGGAGCCCAAACACAGCUAUCCCCAUGCGUAGACGAGACCUCGCACCCGAAGAGCAAAACGCAUCGGCCAAGGCUAUGUACCCCUAUCUUUUCAAGCUCCGGGAGACAACCAUUGGCGGCAUGCUUUAUGGGCCUACAGAGCACGGCACGUUUGAUGACAAUCCCGAAGAACGGAAGAGGUUCUUCCAAUCCCUUUGGGAAGCUGGAGGCCUCAAAUUCUGGUUGGGAGGAUACAAAGAUCUGUUCUGCAGCGCAGAAGCCAGCAAAGAAGCGUAUGCUUUUUGGGUUCAAAAGGUGAGGCCGAGAGUAAAAGACCCACGGAAGCGGGACAUCCUUGCGCCCUUGGAGGCACCGUACUACUUCGGCAUGAAGAGGCCAUCUCUUGAAAACAACUUUUACGAGCAAUUCAACAGGGAAAAUGUUGAUGUGGUGGAUGUGAGCAACAAUCAAAUCAUUGAGUUUACAGAGACGGGCCUUGUUCUGCAAGACGGCACUCACCAUGAGCUGGACGUGGUUGCAGUAGCAACAGGAUUCGAUAUCACCACCGGAGGCUUGACAAACAUGGGAAUUCGCAGCAUUAAUGGCACUGCUCUUGAAGAUGAAUGGAAGAAAGCAGCAAACACAUACUUGGGAAUGACUAUCCAUGGGUAUCCAAACAUGUUUCAUAUCUACGGCGCCCAUGGCCCCACGUCCGUUGCCAACGGGCCAACCGCGAUGGAGGUUCAGGGCCGCUGGAUUGGAGCGUGUAUUCGAAAGAUCGAGCGUGAUCUUGACAUCAAAUACAUCAACCCUACACUUGAAGCAACUCGAAAGUGGAAGGCACACAUCAACGAACUGAGCAAAGAAAGACUUUUCGCUACCACCCGGUCAACUUACAUGGGUGGCAGUGUUCCUGGAAAAGCUUUUGAACAGGUCAACUACGUUGGUGGAGUACCGGAGUACAAGAAGGAGAUAUGGGCGGCGCUUGAUUCUUGGGAAGGAUUUGAACUAGUAGGUAGAUAG